CCAAAAACAACACAAUACACAAUGUUAGGCUUAAGAUCUUUGUUGACAAAUACUUUACGACCUACUUGGACAAUAACUCGACCACUUUUACAACAAUCACAUAUGUCUAGUCGUAUUCUUUCUCAACUGAAACCAACUACAUUUUCACCACUCUAUCAACAACAAACAUCUGGUAUGGCUACUCUCAAUCAAGUUAUUCGAAAAUGUCGUAAAACCAAACCUAAGCUUAGCAAAACACCUGCUUUAGAAAACUGUUAUCAACGCAAAGGUGUAUGUAACAAAGUCUAUACAACAAAACCUAAAAAACCCAAUUCUGCUGUUCGAAAGGUGGCUCGUGUCAAGUUAACGAAUGGUCGUGUGGUAACAGCUUAUAUUCCUGGUGAAGGUCAUAACUUGCAAGAACACUCUGUUGUCCUUGUUCGUGGUGGUCGUGUACCUGAUCUUCCUGGUGUACGUUAUCACCUUGUUCGUGGUGCACUUGAUCUUCAAGGUGUUGCUACUCGCACCACUAGUCGAUCAAAAUAUGGAACCAAGAAACCAUCCAAAAACUAGAUCUUUAUAUUGUUUUAUGUAUUCAUAGUCAUCCUUUUUACACAUCCGAUCUCUUUUUUUUUUUUUUUUACUUGCCACAAAAUCAUCCAAUCCAUCCUGUAGAAAUACUUUUUAUAUAUACAAUCAAAAUAAAAAAAAAUACACUUUGUCUUUUUCA